AUGGUUGCAGAUCAGUUUGGCUUGGAGGUGGCGACCACCAGGCCGGCCUGUGCCAAGGCAGUGGACUCUUACUAUGAGGCAGUUCUUGCAUACCAGCCCUUUCGAUCGUGGUCCGCGGCAGCCGACGAGGCCAUGCGAGAAGAUGCUGCGUGCCCGAUGGCCCGGGUGCUCGCUGCCGACUGCGCCUUUUGCCAAGGCGAUGCGGCCAAAGCCAAGGACCUUCUGGAGAACUUGAGCAAAGAAGUCGAGGGUGCAUCCGGUGUGUGGUCCUGGCGCGAACUGCGAUAUGUGGAGGCCUGGUGUCGCUGGGUACUUCAUAGCGACCCUGCAGGGUGCUACGAUGCACUCAGCGAGGUCGUGUCACGGCACCCUAGCGACCUGUUUGCAGUAAAGCGUGGGCACAUCAUGGGCCUGAUUCUGGGCGAUGGUUCCAGGAUGUUGUCGAUUGUACAGCCGGCAGCAGACAGUGCCAAGACGACCCCACCUCCGAAGUACUUGCACGGGAUGUGGUCCUUUGCCCUGGAGCAGGAGGGCCAAUACAAGGAGGCAGAGCGCAUCGCUUGGGAAGGCUUUAGCUUCGAGAAGGAGCUUGGGCCGGAUGCCUGGCUGGACCACAGCUUGGCGCACUCUCUCUACUUCCAAGGGAUGGGCCGCUUGGACGAUGCCAUGUCUUUCAUGAAGAAGCGCAGCGAAACUUGGCCCAAGGAGGACCUGCACCCGUUUCUGUACACUCAUUGUUGGUGGCACCUGGCUCUCUUGUACACCGAAAGUCGCAACUUCGAGCCUGCGCUGACCAUCUUUGACGAGCGACUCUGGCCCGAAGGCCCAGAAGGUCUGGCCCAAGGCGGCGAUCCUCAGGUGCAGCUGAAUGCGCUGAAUUUGCUCUGGCGGCUGGAAACACGGCAGCAGGCAGAGGCAGCUGAGCCACGUUGGCGGCGCGUACUGCAGGGCUGCAAGGGACUCUCGUUGCCAAAGGACGGGGCCAAGGGUACUCUGCAGCAUGGCGACCUGUUGUUGGACAUUCUUUUGAUUCGUGGGCUAUGUGUCGGUGCCAUGGAGGACGCCAAGCCGCUGGAUGAGUUUCUCACGGCCGUGAAGAAGCACUCCGAGGAGAUGGCGGCAGGGCCCGGUGGCGCUGGUGGGCGUGCAGAAGCGUACAGGGACAUCGCGCAGUCCGUAGCAGAGCUUUUCCGCUCCGACUUGGCCUCUGCGCAGACAGCAGAGAAGCGGUCGAAGGCGCGCAACUGCAUCCUGGAGCUGAAGCCUCACUGGGGCUGUCUCGGAGGAAGCGAAGAGCAGCGAGGAAUCCUCCUUGAGGCUGUGAAAGGACCGGUAGUGUGCGGAAACCCGCAGGAAGAGGGCAGCAGCAACGGCGGCUGUUACCUACUGUAG